GCAAUCUGUAUUUGUACAAGAUUUGAGUAUGUCCCUUCGCAAACAAGUUCAUCUUGUCUGUCAUUUUAGAGAGAACACUUGCUGUUCGUUCAGGUCUUAUAAUCGAAACAUAGAGCUUCUUGUUAUUUCUUUUGAUCUUUUGGUAUUUUCAUUCUUAUAUCUCUCUUUUUUUUGGUCGAUAAUACUUUGAAGCUUGCGGAAAAUUAAGGACCUGUCAUUUUCCAAAGGUCAGGGGCAGUGUUCUUUUAGCUGAAGCAUCUUUCUAUUCUUUUGUUUUUCUUUUUAGAAUGCGGUAAAUUUAUCAGCGACUCAUUUUCAAAGUUAUAGACGACUUGACGAUUUUGAUUCUGAAAGCGCAUUUGUUUGAGUCUUCAAGCAGGUCUGAGCAUUAAGCAUAGACAAACUGAGAAACUAUGUCCAACAUAUUAAACCCUUGGCUAGAGUCAUGGUUACUGGAUACUAUGAAAGAUACAGACGUUCUUCCUGCCCAUGAAUUUAAGAGCCUUCCCUUACAAUUAUCUGAGUAUUUGACCUAUGAGCCUUCCAUUCGCGCUAAAUUAUCAGAUACAAGACACUAUAUUGAAGCUGAAUUUUCUCCUCAAUGUAUUCAACAUUUGACAAGCUUUACUGAUAAAAGACUUACUUCUCUAAAAGGCGGAAUCUUUUCCCUUGGACAUUUUUCGAUUCACCUUAUACCUCAAGACUCGUAUCUAUUUCCAUGGCUCUACAUAGAAUCAUUUAAUUUUUUUAGCUGUGAAGGUGUCAUAUUCGGUGAACCAAAGCCCAUCGUCUCCUCACCGCUUUUUCGUUCGUUACUAUACUCCCCGUACCUUUUAGCUCUUGCAAAUGAGCUUCAUGGAUGUUAUGAACAUUCAGUCCUUCAUAUACUCAGGGAACAAGCUGUUAAUGGAGAUGUUCAAAAGCUUGGAACACUGUUUCUACCGGGAUCUAUUGAGAAACCGAAAACAGAAACAUCGAAUUCCUUUCGGUGGAAAACUAUGACUUAUUUAGAUAUUGCACAAUGUCUCAUCCCAGAGGGCCAAUUAAGACUUCUGGAAACUGUUGAUGGAAAUACUAAUCUUGAUCUCUUAGAGAGCAAACAAAUUAAGGAAAACCUUCCAGAUGAUAUUCAUGUCAAGGAAGAAGAGCAAAUGGAAAUUUACUCUUGGUCGUCUUCUCCAGAGCCUAGUGCUAAUGUACCCCAAUUGACCCUUUUUGACCAGCAAGAUCUUCAAAGGCUGGCCGAAGCCGAACCUGUCUCUGCUUCAACAAUAAGCGAAAACGAAUUGAUAAGUAAAAUAGAUCAGCAAAAAACCAACUAUCCAUCAGUUUCUGUUCCGGGUCCCGGAAUAGAAGAACCUUCUCGAGUACUAUCCUCCGUUGAGAGUCAUCAUGAAGAAAUGGGACAGAAACAAGAUCAACAAGAAGCUCCAACUCAGCAAGCUGCUAAACUUUCUGAGGUUGAUACGCUUGCUGAUGAAAAUAAGCCAAAACAACGAGAUAAUAUACAGCUUUUUGACGCUCAAGAUGACUCAGAAGCUGACUUGGAAGAAGUAGAUGAACUUAAACUAUUUGCUUCGCUAGAAGGUGGGAAGACUGAGAAGAGUCAUGAGGCCAGACAUGCUAACCAAGAAACUUUGAAAGUCGAAAAUCCAGUCAUUACGAAUACACCAUUUAGUUUUGAAAAGAACGAAGACAUCUCCCAACAUGAGCUACGAUUUAUCCGGCGACCAUUUCCAAAUUACAGCUUUGAUCUUGGUAUUCAAAAUGAACUUACUACAAUGUAUGAAGACUAUCUAAAAGAAAAUGAGCAACGGAGGAAAAGAACAAAGAGACGACGGAGUCAGCUUUUUACUGAAACUCCAGUCGAAAGGUCACGCUCAGAAAACGCUUUUCUUACAUUUUAUCAAGAUUGGAUGCGCAUAGCUAGACAUCGGACAGAUAAAGGAAAAAAACUAGAUUUGAAGAAAUGAUACGACAAAGCACUAUCAAAUACAAUAGGGCAUGUUUAAAGCAGGUGCCGGUACAAAUUGGUUUCCGUCGGACAUGUAAUAUUCAUUGCUAUGUACAUUAAUAUUGCAUUGACAAAAGAAAUCCAUAUUUUGCUACCACAAUCACAAAUAAAAUAACUAAUAGCAAAUAACUUCAUCGAAGAGAAAGCGGGUGGAAGCGAGUGAUCAUAGAAGCAAAUUCAUAUCAAACAUAGAAAUAUAAGGUAAGGAACAAUUAAGUUUUUGACAUAAAAACGCAUAUAUAGUCGUUUCGUUUAGCUUAGCAUGCGCAAGUGCUGCUAGAUGGUGGAUUCGGCCAAGACUCUGAAAGAUUAACACCACGAGGAGCAUUUCCUCUAGCCUGGUUAAGCUUGUCUUCAAGGGGUAACUUUUUCGAAAUAGUAGUAAAAAGUUCGUUUACGUUUUCAGCAGUUUUGGCUGAAGUCUCAAAGAAUAAAAGAUUGGCUUCAGCAGCAUAGGCUUCAGCGUCGGAUUUCUCAACAGCUCUACGCUCUUGAGCAAGAUCUAACUUGUUUCCAGCAAGUGCAAUAAUAAUUCCUUCUGGAGCUUGGCGCUGCAAUUCUU